UCUCUCUCUCUCUCUCUCUUUCAUUCAUUAGGGUUACACACACCCACACCCCAAAACCCACGCACUCUCUUUGUCUCUGUGCUCUCUCUCUCUGUCUCUGUGUUUUCAAAGACAAAAGCAGCAGAGCAAAGAUGAUGCAGCCAGCUCCUCCAACAGGUGUGGCUCCUCCACUACAACAACAACAGACCCAGCAGCCACAAUAUCCACACCCACACCCACAACAACCCUACAUGAUGAUGCCACCACAAGCCCAGCCCGGUGCGGCGGUUCAAGCCCCACCUCAGAUGUGGGCCCCUCAGCCCCCAGCACAGCACCACCUCCACCACCAGGCGCAAGCCCAAGCGCAGCCCACCAGCGCCGACGAGGUCCGCACUCUCUGGAUCGGAGACCUCCAGUACUGGAUGGACGAGACUUAUCUCUACAAUUGUUUCGCUCAGACCGGAGAGCAAGUUACUACGGUGAAAGUGAUCCGCAAUAAGCAAACUGGCCAAUCAGAGGGUUAUGGUUUUCUUGAGUUUGCUAAUCGUGCUACGGCAGAAAGAGUACUUCAAACAUACAAUGGUAGCAUAAUGCCAAAUGGUGGGCAGAACUUUAGACUGAACUGGGCAACUUUUAGUUCGGGCGAGAGGCGCUCUGAUGAUUCUCCUGACUUCACAAUAUUUGUUGGGGAUCUGGCUCCUGAUGUCACUGAUUAUAUGUUACAAGAAACCUUCAGGGCCCGUUAUCCUACAGUUAAGGGUGCAAAGGUUGUGAUUGAUAGGGUCACAUCUCGUACAAAGGGUUAUGGGUUUGUUAGGUUUGGAGAUGAAGGUGAACAAAUGCGUGCUAUGACAGAGAUGAACGGAGUUCUCUGUUCAACAAGGCCAAUGCGGAUUGGGCCAGCUACAAACAAAAAUACUACUGGAGGUCAGCAACCGAAAGCUUCCUACCAGAAUUCUCAAGGGAGUCAGAACGAGAGUGAUCCGAAUAAUACAACUAUAUUUGUUGGCAAUUUGGAUCCUAAUGUUACCGAUGACCAUUUGAGACAAGUUUUCAGCCAAUAUGGACAACUAGCACAUGUAAAGAUACCAUCAGGCAAGCGAUGUGGUUUUGUUCAAUUUGUCGACAGAAGCUGUGCUGAGGAAGCAUUGCGGAUGUUAAAUGGAACUCAACUAGGUGGACAGAAUAUUCGGCUUUCAUGGGGCCGUAGUCCUUCAAACAAACAGGGUAUCUCUGUUGGCGUUCAGCCUCAGGCAGAUCCAAGCCAGUGGAAUGGUGGAUAUUAUGGAUAUGCUUAUGGACAUGAAGGCUAUGGAUAUGCCCCGGCUCCACAAGAUCCUAACAUGUAUGGAUAUCCUUAUGGAAAUUACCAGCAACAGGCACAGCAGCAGCAAGCAGGAUAUAGCUGAGAAUUUUGGCCUUCUUUUGUGGCUUUCGCAUGUUCUUUUUAUUUAAUAAAUAAAUUUAGUAAGAUACUAUUUGAAGCUACAUUGGAGCCCUUCCUAGCCUUUUUAAGUAAACCAUUUGAGACUGUUUCUUGUCCUAUGACAUAUUCACUAACUGAUGUUGUGUUCCCGAUGAAGUUUUGCUAUUUUACAUUAUAUGUAAUUGCUAUCGUGGUUGUGUUA